UUUUAACCAAUCAACAUUCAGGAUUAGACCAACCCGUUGUAUAAUACUGUAAUACUCAUGACUAGAAUUGUUAUUCGAUGGCUGCAAGAAUGCUUCUUUGAGGUUUGAUACCGGUUUUGUAUGAAUAAUUUAUUGCUGAGAAAUGCCAGCACCUAAACAUGUCCAAUAUGAUAACUUGUACAACUUCGUAAUUAUUUGGUUCCAGACGGACGUUGCCUAUGCAUCAGUGUUUUCUUUACUCUACUUGGGAUAUACGAGUUAUAUAAUGGAGUAUAAAAUGUUUCACAUAAAUGCCGUCCCAGACCCAGAGACAGUAAAGCGAAAGUCAACAUUUUAUACAGUACCACAUCAUGUGACAUGGGCAAGAUGAGCUUCAUACAGCUUUCAAAACAACUGGGAACUCGGAAAUCCCUGAAUUACGAUAUCAAUGCCUUCAAGAUGCCUCCGACUUUUCGACCUAAAGAUCACUAUAACGUCAUGAUUUUACCUUGUUUUUCCUGAGAUCCCAGUUUUCAUGAAAGCGCCACAAGCUGUACUCGGAAGUGACGCCCGCUGCUGGAUCAUUUUAGUGUGCAGUGAGCCAAGCAUAAAAAAGUGUCAACUCAACCAGACAGUGAGAACCAAAAUACAAUACCCAAAAGUAAGGAGUCGAGCCAAAGAACAGCAGUCGGAAACUGAGAAUUACAACUGUGAGUAUCAUUGAAAACUAGAGUAUCUGAAAGGAGUGCAUUAUGAACCCAGUGUACAACCCUGCACCAACAGGGGUCCCCUAUGUCAACCCUAAGGGACAUUUAGUAGGAUACCCAGCCGGAUUUCCUGGGGGGUACUCGGCUGGCCCUGCUUACACUCCCAACAUGUACCACCCUGGAGCCAACCACCCAGCCUUCCCCACAGGUUACGCUCCGGGCACUCCUUUUAAAAUGACCUGCUCGCCCACCACGGGGGCUGUCCCACCCUACUCCUCAUCACCCAACCUCUAUCCUGCAGCAGUCUUCCCUGUGAGGAGCACCUACCCCCAACAGAAACCCUACACACAGCAGCAAGGCACUUACUACACACAGCCUCUGUACGCAGCCCCACCCCAUGUCAUUCAUCACACUACAGUGGUCCAGUCCAAUGGGAUGCCAGCAGCCAUGUAUGCCCCGCCCAUGCAUCACCAGUCCCGCCCCCACAAUGGCAUAGCCAUGGGGAUGAUAGCAGGGACCACUAUGGCCAUGUCAGCCGGAACUUUGUUGACGCACUCCCCGACCCCCCACCAAGUUACAAUGCCCACAUACCGACACCCAGGCGUGCCCACCUACAGCUAUGUUCCCCCCCAGUGGUAAAGUGAUGGCACUGUCAGUAGAUCGUAGAUAUGCAUUCACACUCCAGUUGGUGAUGACGCUCUCCGGUGUCUCGUUGUUCUUCCUUUCCAAGCAUACUGUGAAUCUGAAGCCCAACUACAAAACAACACCAGGUGUGUUCAGAACAGGAUGAAGGGAAUAUUCCUACUGCUGACUAUUCCUGUUUUGAACGAUGCUGUCCAAGAAUCCUUCACUCACUCUGCUGCAUAUCUUGUGUCUGACGGCUAAGUUGUGUUUUGUGUACCGCCUUGCAAUUUUUAUAGCUAACUCUAUUAAGUGGUGCAAAGGGAGUUUGAAUUUGUUUUGCUGUUGGGAUCCAUAUUGAGUUGAAUGCGUGUGUAUACACACUGAGUGUAUAAACAUCAGGAACACCUUCCUAAUAUUGAGUUGCACCCCCCCUUUGCCCUCAGAACAGUUUUAAUUCAUUGGGGCCUGGACCCUACAAGGUGUCAAAAUCAUUCCACAGGGAUGCUGCCCUUUCACCUGGUCAGUCUCAUGGAAACAGCAGGUGUUCUUAAUGUUCUGUACCUCAGUGUAAAAGAAGAAAUAACACUAGCUCAAUCUACCUUCCGUGACUAAUGCAAAAUCAUCAAAAAGAAACAUUCUAAUGAACUACAAAAGAAAGAAAACUGCAAUUUUGAAUCACCGAUGCCAUUUCUUAAUGUGAAACAUUAAAAGAAAGGAACAAGUUAAUUUCACACAAACUGGUAACUUGAGUUUAACACACAAUGCUGUGCAGAACAAUUGUUUUCGUUGCUUGUUUUUGGUAAUGUUGCUAGGAUGCAUUUAUUUCUCUGGGGGAUGCUGUGUUAACAUUUGUCUGUUGGCCAUUUUCGUAUUAUGGGAAAAUUGGCCUUUUUGAGUUUUAAGCCUCUGUCUCAGAUGUCUGAUAUCCAACACGAAAACAUUAUUCACGCUCUUUGCCCAUGGAAGAUGAGACACAGACUUGAGUCCUAAAGGUCUUAGAUAGGCCAAUGGUCCAAGAGAAAGGAAACGAUGAGACCCUGAACAGUGCUUUACUUCACCGGACCUGAGUACAGGCACCUCCAAUGUUUGACUGCUUGAGCUCCUGUUCCCAUUAGCUAAAAAGUAUCUGGCACCCAAAAUGAGUACAGGCACCAAUUUCAGUUCAACUCAAGUACUGGCCCUAAAGGAAGCUAGCAGGAUGACACAGACCUGUCAUGACAGUUAAUCUAUUUCUGGUCACAAAGGAUAGGAUUUGAGGAAAGGAAGCAAUUUACAACUAUUCGGACUCCAUCCUACAGUGAGUGAUGGAGCGAGAGCAUUUGUAUGCAUGCGAGCGUGUUUGUGUUUAAUUCUAUUAGCUGAAAGCGGAUUCAAAUACUAAAGCCAUUGUGCAGACAGACGUAAUGUAUGUAUCACACCUGAACAUUUCUACAGAUUCCUUUCUGUUAUUGGUUUGGGUUUAACCACACCAAGAGCUACAGACUUUAACAGGUUUUAAACUUUUAUCCUGGAUUUAUUUGAAUGGAUUAAAUAGAUUAGAAUUUUCUUAGCACUAUUGGAAGAAAAUACACAUUUGAGAUGCUCUGUUUUAAGGAAGCCAGAACUUGACAUUGUUUGCUCGUCACCUCAAGGCUCCACCAGAACUUACCAAUAUAUCAUUGUCUUUGAUUUGCUCGUCUAUAGUGCCUUUACAAGAUGUCACCUCAGUUACUGAAUCUGUUUUGUAAUGUUUUAUGUGUUUUUUUUGUUUUUGUUUUUUCAAGAAAGACCAAAAAAUACAAUUAUGAGAAUUGUCAA